CAGGCUGCUCCAGGAAGUGCUGCUCCGGCUAGUGCGGCUAGCAACACUUAUUUUUGUUUUUGUUGUUAACAGCGGAGGAGCUGGUACAAACUAGGCUGUGAUGGUUCGGCGAGACAUCAAACAAACGACACAUUUAAAAGCCCGUUGCCCUGAAGCAGCAAGGAGUGAUUUAUAUUGUGUUUGGACUGAGGUUUGACCACAGCACUGUGACUGCUCCUCCUCACGUUUUUAGUCUUUUGGAUUACGCUGUUGUUGGACACAAACCUGAACUUCAGAUAUCUGUUUGUAAGGGGCAUCAACAAGAAUAUCUAGCUUAAUCAUGAGUGCCCACGAUACAGACGUGCACACCAUCUCCCCAGAGAUGCCAGCUAUGUUUGAUGGCAUGAAGAUGGCGGCGGUGGCCACGGUUCUCUACAUCAUUGUUCGCUGCUUGAAUUUGAAGAGUCCGACCGCAGCCCCAGACCUCACCUACCAGGACACGACUCUCAACCACUUCCUUCUCAAGUCCUGCUCUCAGCUGACCAAAGAGUACAUUCCCCCCUUACUGUGGGGUAAGAGCGGUCACCUCCAAACAGCACUGUACGGUAAACUGGGUCGGGUGAACUGUCCUCACCCUACUGGGAUCAGGAAGUACAUACCCAUGCAAGACGGCGCCACUGCAACCUUCGACCUCUUUGAGCCGGUUGGGGACCAUCGAACAGGAGAUGACAUCACCAUGGUGAUAUGUCCUGGUAUUGGUAACCAUAGUGAGAAGCAUUACAUCCGGACCUUUGUGGGUUACGCGCAGAAAGACGGUUACCGCUGUGCUGUGCUCAACCACCUGGGUGCUCUUCCCAACAUCGAGCUCACCUCUCCCCGCAUUUUCACUUAUGGGUGUACAUGGGAGUUUGCAUCCAUGGUGGGGUACAUUAAGCGGACGUAUCCUCAGACCCAGCUGAUCGUUGUGGGAUUCAGUUUGGGUGGUAACAUUGUAUGCAAGUUUCUGGGUGAGAACAGGACGAACCAGGAGCGAGUAUUGUGCGGUGUGAGCGUCUGUCAAGGAUACAGCGCUCUCAGGGCUCAGGAAACAUUCCUGCAGUGGGAUCAGUUCAGGCGCUUCUACAAUUUUCUUAUGGCUGACAAUAUGAAGAAAAUCAUCCUUUCACACAGGCACAACCUUUUUGGAGGAAGCUCCCUUAAAAUGAUAGAUGCAGACCUCAGUCGUCUCUUUACGGCAACUUCGCUCAUGCAGAUCGACGACAACAUCAUGAGAAAAUUCCAUGGUCACAGUUCUCUCAAAGAAUACUAUGAAAAAGAAAGUUGUGUACAUUAUAUUCACAACGUUGACGUGCCACUGCUGCUGGUAAACUCUGCAGAUGAUCCUCUGGUUCAUGAUUCACUGCUCACCAUCCCUCGCACGCUAGCAGCAAAGAAGCCAAACGUGAUCUUUGCCCUGACACUCCACGGAGGCCACCUGGGCUUCUUCGAGGGCGAGGUGCUCUUCCCCCAGCCGCUCACCUGGAUGGACAAAGUGAUAGUGGGUUUCGCCAAUAGCAUGUGUCAGUGGGAGAAACAGAAACCGCCGUGUCAGAGUGACCACCUGAGUGAGGGCUCCUGCGGAGAGGAAAAGGCUUAAAACUCUGUAACUCUCUCCUUCAUUCUCGACCCGUAGGCAUCUAUCUCCCCCCUCCGAGCACCACUCUCCCUGCACUUCACUGAGGAGACACUUUAAACUGCUCUUUCUUCUCUGCCUUCUCCUCUGGUGCUUCUGACCAAAACCGACCAAGACCGACCCGCACCUCCCAAUCACACGCCUUUGCCCCGCGUUGUAAUCACCGUCACCUUACAGUGUGAAAAGACAAAAGUAAACCAACUGCCUUUUGUGCUCAUUUCCAAUGUGAAGACUCAGCUGGAGCAUUUUGUCGCUGCAGUGAUAAACGGCCAAUGGAGGUAUCGACCAAAUCUGACAAAACACCAAGUCGCGCUUGAAGGGAAAGUGGGAGUAGAACUUCAGAGUAGUCGAGUGAAAAAACGAGCACACAAGAAGCCUCGACUGCGUGACAGUCGGUGCCUUUUUACUGCACCUAAAAGAGGCUCACUGCUUAUCACCUCCAAGGCCAUAUAGCCUAGUCUGCUGCCUUAACCAAAGCAGCAUCUUUGUAGUAUGUUAGUUUGUAUGUAUGUAACUCACGGAUGUGGUGAGGACACCUGUGUGCACCUGUGUUGGCCAGGAGUUACAGAACCAUGGCAGCACAUUUGGUCUUUGUGUUAGGUUUGUGUGAUCCAAGUUCUCUGUUCAUGGUCUGUUGACCUUUUUAAUGUCUUUUGUUCGGGGUGAAUUGUUGCUCUGAUGUUUGUAGUACAUUUCUAGUUGGGGGAAAAACAACAAUAUUAUUACAGUGGGAUUGUACACCUUAUUUCCAGCCCUAAGCAACCUCCUGGUUAUGUUGUAACGCUUAUGUUUGGCACUUGAAACGAAAGCAUUCAGUGCUCUAACCAGGAAUUACUCCAUAUGGGAUCAAUGUACAUUCCCACAGGCUCAUGCUAUCACUUUGAUUCAGUGCACUUUACACCCUGUAUGCCACAUUUUUAUUUCCUUGUUAGUGGAAGCAGAAUUUCUGAGAUUAACGGUUGGGUAAAAGGGAGCAAAGAUGAUGACUAAAAGUUAGAUGACUCAAAUGUUCCCUGUGUCAUCUGCUAUCAAGUGUCUUUGAGCCCUCUUGCUUUCUUCUGCUUUUGAUCAGCUGCAGGUCCAGCUAAAACUGAUACCCUCUUUGACAUAUGUAGACCUGCCACUGCACUGGCGCUAACGCUUAGGCCACGUCGUUUGGUGCAAAGAUGAUCCUGAAGUUUUGGAAAGGUAAAAUGGCGUUAUUAAAGGGAAAGUUAAUUUUUCAGUUUUAUUAUCUGAGCUGUGAGGUUGAUGAGUACGAGGGCUAAAGAUACCAUACUGAACCAAAUGUUUAUUCCAGUGCAUUGUUGGUUAAAAAAAAACUAAAGAGAAGAAAGAAAGCUAGUGACUUUAAUAUUAUUCAACUAGAUUAGGAAUCCUGCAUCCAAGGGAUUUGAUGGAGUAUUUUUGUGUCUGCAACUGUUUAUCUUAUUUUCUCCAACCAUACUGAGUAUUUUUAACAUUUAACCUAAACAUUUACAAUGAAAGAUUAUCACAGGCCUGUCUUGUUAAAAAGGAGACUGCAACGCUGGGAACUGUUGACUCGGUUGUCUGGAACCAAGGAAUCUGUGGCCCAAAACACUGUGAUGAGAGACAUCAGUGGUUUAAAACUAUGAAUGAGAUGAUUGACAGCAGUGCAUUUUGUUAGGGUGUCAUUGGCCAGUGUUUGUGCUAUAAUACCUGGGUGAUAGUAUUUGUAUACAUACUUGAACUCCUAGGAUUUCAUUGUUUUGUAGGAAGUAACUUCCAAAGCUUACCUAUCAAAAACUUUCCAAACCAAAUAAUAUUUUGAUUAUAGUUUUAAGCUCACACUUUAACAGGGCACCUCAAAUAGAUAAUAAGUUAAGUGUAAUUAUUGGAUUUUUUUUUUGUUUUGUGUAUGUUUAUAAAAGAAUAGUACCUUGAGUUUUCUAAACACUCCAUCAAAUAUAUUUAUACACUUGUUUGAAUGAAGCCUAUUCUGAGCAAAUACUAUCAAUCCAGGUAUGAAUUUUACCAGCAAUGGCAAGACAACAUGAAGAAGGGGGUUCACUGAUCCAACGUUAUCUUGUUUUAACUCAGGGCUUUAACCAGUCCAACCCGUGUGAAACAUGUUCUCUUAGUGUGGACCUCAUUGGAUUUUUUUUUUUAAUGUUACUGUAAGAUAAAAACCAGUAAGACUUACUUAGUCGGGGAAAUCAUCAUGAUUUUCCAGCCUCUGUUAUUGUAUAACUAUUAAAUGAAAGAAACCCUUAAUUUAAAAUGACAUCAUAUUUAAUGUGGAUCAGUGACAUCGAGACUGAGAUCUGAUCCUCUUUCUUGAAUGUAAGGGGAUUUGUUAAGUCUGCCUCCACCCUCUUUCUUUGCCUUAAUGCUGAGGCACUGCUGCCAUCUGUUGUCAGGGAAACCGCACUGCCACCGGCAGACACGUUUUCAUACAUCUCCGUUGUAUCAUUUAGCUCAUAGUUUAACCACGCUGCAGCUCUCAUUUGUAACGAAUCUUGUGUGGUUCGGGAUUAUUUUGGUUCAGCAAAGAAUAAGGUGAAUUUUGAUGACACUAGCAGUAACCCGGUUCAUGCAAGAAGAGCCAAUUGUGUUCUUGUCGAGCCUCUCCAACUUUGCACAAAAAUGCAGGUCUGGAUGUAUUAUUUAAAUGUAUUUUAUUUGUAUUGAAUUGUCUUUUUUUUUGUGUAAGUUGCUUGUGCAAAUGCGACAGGGUGUGAGUGUUGAGUAAACAUGCACUGGGCGUGUACUGUGUCAUAUCACCACCUCUGGUCAACAGAAACCAAAAUUUGUUCACUCAAUCAAUGAAAAGGCAAAACCGAUAUAAGGAAUAGCAUAUAUUCAAAUAUUUGAGGGACAAGAGAUGGAACAUCUGGGAAAAACUAACUCAGAGGGAUUCUUUUUAUCUCAACACAACCGUGGUGGAAAAUGGCGACAAAAUAAAUAUGAGACCAAAAUGUAUCGUAUACAUAAAGAUGCAUUUUCUCAUGGAUUCUGGGAUCUAAAACGUUGUUUUACUGUACUGCUGUAAGAAUGUGAUCCUCUGUAUGUAUCAUAACUUCAGUGCUCCAAACACCACACCUGUGGGCUUCUGUUUAACUGCUUGACAUUGAAGAAUUCAAAUAUCUGAAAUGUAAAUAAAUCAAAAAACAAACCUACAACUGGGACAAACA